UAGCACAAGUCGGGGAUCCGUGGUACUAGCUGCGUUACAAUAGGACAGUAAACGAGGAAUUGUUGCGAAGAACGGUUGAGAUAUAAUUAUUUUCAUUACCUCAUAACGAACAUGUCAAGUGAACACGACAGGGCUAUACUAAACUGCAUAUUUAAUCCUCUGUUGCCAGUGGGUGAAUUGAUAUACGAGGAUGAAUUGCCACAUAAUUUGCAAGAUGAUGAAGGUAAAAUAGCAAAUGGAGAAGAAGCUAAGAGUUUGGAACUGGAAGGUGUGAAGGCAGCUGAAUCUGGAGACCUGGAUACUGCUAUAGCAACCUUUACAAAGGUAAUCAACAUUGCGCCGCAGUGGGCAUCAGGGUACAACAACAGGGCUCAAGCUUACCGACUGAAAGGGAACACACCAGCUGCUAUUGCUGACCUGAAUGAAGCCAUCAAUCUCAGUGGAGGCCAAGGAAGAUCAGGAUGUCAAGCACUGUGUCAGCGUGGAAUCAUGAACAGAAGGGAAGGCCAAGAUGAUUUGGCAAGAGCAGAUUUUGAAGCUGCUGCCAAACUUGGAAGUCAGUUUGCAAAAACGCAGCUCAUUGAGCUGAACCCUUAUGCAGCACUCUGCAAUCAGAUGUUACAUGAUGUCAUGGGAAAGCUUCAGCACACUGCACAGAAAUGAAAUGUACCAGUCACUGAAAGAAGUCCUGUGGAUGGGAAGAGGGGGGUUCAGUGCUCAAGGGUUUCUCCUCUUUCUGUGUAUGGUCUGUUACAUUCCCCCUGGUCCCCUCUGGCAUGUGCAGGUCACCAGCAGCACAGCUUAUCACUACCAACAUUCAUGCAAAUGGAAUGGGUAUAUUUAAGGGGGAAUUGUAACAGUUUGAGGGAAAUAUGAAGGGAGUCAAUCCAUGAGACUUCUUUCCCUGGCAUUACUGUAGGAGCUACACUGAAUGAUUGUGAAGUUCCUGUUGUCAAUUACCCUGUUCUUACAUACUCUGCAUAUAUAUAGUUAUAUAUAUAUAUGCACAAACCAUACUCCUAACAAGGGACCUUCCAGACCAUACAAGUACGGUGAUGGAAAAUUGUAUUCCUGCAGACUAACACAAUUAACUUGGGUGGCAGUCUGACAUAUACGAUUAAAACCUUGUGAUGGCACAUCCAGUGGUAGGGCAAAGUAACACACUAACUACUGGACGGAAAGUAUCUGGCGCCCUACGGUCAGUCAUGGGUAAAAUCUGGAACAAAAUGUGUGCUGCUGGCAAUGAUACAUUACAUCCAGUCCACAAAAGUAUGACUGGGCAGUAAGUACAAUGGAAGGCACAUUUAAGGUGUUGGGAGACGAUGAUUUGGAUGUGUAAAUUGAGGAAAAUCUUACUUGGAGGGAAUUUAACACUGGAUGAUGAAAAAUCUUAGAUCCAGGAACAUUAAGUUGGUGUUCCACUAUAUAUUUUUUAAGAAGAUAUUUUCGCUACAGCCCUAAAAAUAGUUUGUUAUACACAGCAAGUACCUUUAUUGAAGAAGGUGCCUCUAGGUAUGGACAUUCUGGCCUUCAGCUCUACCUUCCCAGUAUGAAGAAGGAAUUAAUUCAUGAGCACCCCUAACACACGUUCCAGUUACUCCCAGUGACAGGAUAACAGUUCAUGGAGAUGAGCACCUUAAUAUGUGCUUCAGACCACAAUGUGGGUCUGAUCCACAUUCCCAGAAUCUGAGCUUAAGUAAAGAUGGAAAGCAUCAAAUGUCCAUGGUUUAUUCUGCACGUAAAUCCUGCCAGGAAGUGAACUUAAGACCCUCCAAAUGAGAGAGCUCAGUUGCUUACAUCUAGACCACCAGGGCCCCACAGUGGGGAGAGAAUAACAAACUUCUGUUCUCUCAGAGGCAGAGUUGCUUGCACAGUUCACAGGUGGCAUCAAACAGAUCAACCUGUAAUUAGCAUGUUCACAGCUGAGCACUGAAUUAAAAUUGUAAACAGAUACAAUCGGCUCUGAUGCAUAAGAUUUAUUAUAACUGGUACAGAUCCAUGAAACGAUUUUUCAAAAACAAAUAUGCAUCAUUCACACUGGAAAACAGAACAGCAAUAUUAAAAUGUGAGAUUACGAAACAGUUAUAAUAUCAUGUAUCUUUAUAUAUAUAGUGUGCACCUACAUACAUAGUAUUUUAAUUCUGAGACGGAAAGAAUAUGCAGCUCUACAUAACACUUGUGUUUACCUUUGACUGUUCUGUGGUGUUACGGAAAAGAGAGUUAAGUUACCAAAAUACUUUCUAGGAGCAGAAAGAAGUAACUUUCAUGUUUAGGCAGUAAUAUAUGAAACUGUAAAUAUUUCAUUAUGCCACUGAAUGGGAAGUAUUAGUAAUAUCACUUGGUUUCCACUUGAUUCUUUAAAGGGGAGAACAUCAUCCUGCAUUUAUUUAAAUUCUUAGAACUUUGGACAUUAAUCCUUUUCUCUGUAACAUCACAGAUUUGAUACACUUGUUAUUUUUUGUUAUAUUCUUUAACAGGCUGUUUACUCCUUGUAUAAUGUAAACACCAUUCUAAAAAUAAAGAAGCUAUUAAAAUGA